AGGAGCAGGAAGCGGACGCGCUCGAUCGCUUCACGAUUGAAAACUUCAUUGAUUCGCAAUGGAGACUCAGCCAAUCGUCUUGUUCGCCGCUGUCUUGGUGUGUUCUCUGAUGCAUGCUGUCUGCGUCAAGAUCUCUAAUCACGGCGCACUCCUGGGAGAACAUCGUAAAGCCUUCGUGGGUUCAUAUUCCGAUCUCAGUCUGCAGUCGUAUCCCAGGUCCCCGAUGUACAUGAUGCAGUUAUACAGAGACUUGAGCGGAAAGAUGCCAACUACACCAGCCAGUGUGGACAGCCCAGCUCUGCACCAGUCUGACUUCGUCCUGAGCCUGACUGCACAAGACUGUCAUCAAACUGGCGAGCGAUGGAACGUCACUUUUGACAUGUCUUCCCUCUCAGAGAGUGACAGCAUUCAGCUCUCGGAGCUCCGCGUCCGUCUGCCUGCGUUUUCUGCAUCCAGACGCGUCAUCGUGGACGUCUUCCACUUCCGCAAACAGGAGUGUGAGUCUGACUCGGUGUUUUGCCGCCAUAGGCGACUUUUUAUAGGCAGCAUCAGGUCAGUGCCCGGCACUCCAUCAUCCACCUGGAGAGUUUUCAACAUCACAGAGCUACUCGAGCACUGGUUGAGUCCGGGAACGGAGACACCUGAAGACGGAGAGGACACCGGGAGCGGGGAAGGCUCACCUGAGCCGGUUACAGAUAGCUGGAGACGAAAAAUCCAGCAUCCCACUGCGGAACGAGUACUGAUGGUAGUUUUCUACAAAAACACUGGCCGACGACGUGCCUCCAGCUUGAUGAGUACAGUGGCGCACUCCAAACAUGUCUCUGUGAACCGGGCACCAGACGCAGCUCAAGCUCGUCGACACAAGAGGAACCGGGUCGAAAGGAUGCGCGCGACGGAUGAUAGAAACGCCACGGGAAUAGUAACAGCUCUAGAGCAACACCGAGGGUCACUCUGUCGGCGAGUCGAUAUGUGGGUGGAUUUUGAUCAGACCGGAUGGGAUGAAUGGAUCGUGCAUCCAAAGCGUUAUAACGCUUACCGCUGCGAAGGCGAGUGUCCCAGUCCACUGGACGAGUCUCUCAACCCAACAAACCACGCCUACAUGCAGAGUUUACUGAAGCUUUACCACCCGGAGCGCGCGCCCUGUCCGUCCUGCGCGCCCACGCGCCUCAGCCCGCUCUCCAUGCUGUACUAUGAGGGCGAUGGUGUGGUCAUGCGCCACCACGAGGACAUGAUCGUGGAGGAGUGCGGUUGUCAGUGAGGUGCGCUGCUGUGUUGUCAUGGAACUCUGACGAUGCACUUCCGGUGGACUGCUCUUAUGACGCUUACAAGGUUUAAAAACAUUCCAUAAUUCUGUUCCUGAACGAAAACCCUUGAGUUUCGAGAAUUUCAAACAAGAACCAUUGAAAUGCUGUGCAAAUUAUGUAUUUAAUAUUUAAAAGAAAUGAAUGUAAAUGUUUUGUAUUUGGGAUUUUUAUUUUGUAUUUGGGAGUGUAGGCUAUAUUUUUACUUAAUGUGCAUUGUGAUAAAAUGUGAUGUGAAAUGUGUGUUUUUUAUUAUCAGCAGGUUUGAUACAUUUUACAUAAAAUAUAAAGAACUAAUGAAGCACAAUAUAAUUUCAGUAUUUUUGUUGACUUUGUUAUAUGUUGUACUUUAGUUUGGGCAAUCAUCAUCUUAGUCUAGCCCCAGGGAUUUCUUAUUUGUAUAUCCCUUUACUCAAAUGGUGCUUUAAAUUAAUAAAAUACAUUUGCUAUGUUCUAAAAUGUUUUGAGAUGCAAAAUAAAUGUCUAUAGUGAGUAAAA